ACCACCACCACUCUACACCAGCCGCUAACGCCCUGUGAUUUCCCCACUCCAUCACACACAUCCCACCAAGCAGCCCCUCCAUCCACACACACACACAGACCAUGGCAGAAAACACUGACGACUACUCCUACGAUUACGAGUACCUCUACAAGAUCGUGUUGAUCGGAGACUCGGGAGUCGGAAAAUCCAACUUGUUGUCCAGAUUCACCCGUGACGAGUUCAACUUAGAGUCCCGUUCCACCAUCGGGGUGGAGUUUGCCACCAGGACGCUUGAAAUCGACGGCAAGCGAGUUAAGGCGCAGAUCUGGGACACCGCAGGUCAGGAACGUUACAGAGCCAUCACCAGUGCAUAUUAUAGAGGAGCCGUGGGUGCCCUUAUCGUAUACGACAUUGCCAAGACCGAAACCUACGAGUCCGUGUCCAGAUGGUUGAAGGAAUUGAAGGACCACGCUGACGCCAACAUUGUCAUAGAGUUGGUGGGGAACAAGUCCGAUUUGGACCACUUGAGAGCCGUUCCCACCGAAGAAGCAAAGAACUUUGCCAACGAGAACAACUUGUUGUUUACCGAAGCCUCUGCGUUGUCGUCCGACAAUGUCGACUUGUCAUUCCACCAAUUAUUGAAGAACAUCUAUGAAAUGAUCAGCAAGCAUCAGUUGGACACCAACGAUGGUGGUUCGGCCAAGCCAAGCGCAGGCGGUCCCACAAUCUCAUUGACUCCGGCUCCUCAAGAAAAGAAGAGCAAGAAUAACUCUAAUUGUUGUUAGAUCUAUAGUAUAAUAGCACUGCAAGGAUUGACAUUGAAUGGUCCGUUCCGUAUAGGAAUCAGAGUAUUGAAGUUGUGUUUAAGUUGAGACAGGGAUUCCUUUAUACUAUACUGGCCAACUUUCAAGACAAUAUUACAACGAAACCUCGUCCCUGGUUAUUUACUGACAUAGCUGACAGACCUACAUCUACUUGUUUUGCUGCUUCAGUGACGAGCUACCGUCCAAUUUUGGCUGAACUGACAAUCUAAUACGACGUUGAUAAUUGCUAUUGACUCAGCAAAAAUGCCCUUUGUCAAGCUCGCCAUUUGCCUCCUAAAUAUUCUAUUAAAGCUGAAACACAUCCCAUAGAUUGCGUAGUCGAGCCAUACAUACUAUGCCCAUACACAUCCGCUUUUUAUUAAAUCUACCUGCUGUUUAACGUAUAAAUUAUUCGUGAAAUGUAAUUCACAGUUAAAUUCAUUUAAUUGAAGUAGUUCUGCACUCAUUUUUGG